GCCAUAUUUGUUUUGUUGACAUUAACUCAACCGGCAAUUUUUCUACAAAUUACCAGUUUUUUCCAAUUUCUGAUUUAUAUACAAAACUUAUAGGUGUCCAAAAAACCUAAUAAAAAUCGGACAAACACAAUAUGAGUGGAGCUGUAUACGGAGGAGAUGAAGUUGGAGCUUUGGUUUUUGAUAUUGGACAUAACACUGUGAGGGCGGGUUAUGCAGGAGAAGAUAGUCCUAAAGUUGAUAUUCCAUCAACUAUUGGAGUGUGGUUAGAUUCAGAAGAUGAUGUUACACAAACACGAUACAAUAUUGGUCUAUUGGGAAUACAUGUUUGGAGGCCAGAAAUGGAACUGGUUUCUUUCUUGAAAGAAGGUAUGGUUGAAAAUUGGGAUAUGUUUGAAAAUUUUUUGGAUUAUAUCUAUAACCAAGCACUAAGGGCAGUGCCAAAAGAUCAUCCUAUAUUAUUGACUGAACCUCCUUGGAUUACUCCUCCUAAAAGGGAGGAGAUGGCUGAAUUGAUGUUUGAAAAAUAUGGAGUCCCGGCAGUAUACUUAGCUAAAAAUGCCAGCUUGGCUGCUUUCGCAAAUGGCAGACCUACAUGUUUAGUAGUUGAUAGUGGUGCAACUCACACUUCAGCAGUACCAGUACAUGACGGAUAUGUUUUGACACAAGCAGUAGUGAAAUCACCAGUUGGUGGUGACUAUUUAAGCAUCCAGUGUAGACAACAUUUGACAGAAAGAGGUAUUGAAAUUAUACCUCCAAGUAUGGUUGCAUCUAAAGAACUUACCAAGCCCGAGGAGCCACCCAUAUGGAAAAAAAGAAUAAUACCUACUAAGUUAACAGAAUCUUGGUUUAAUUUCAUGAUUAAGGAAGUAAUGCAAGAUUUCCAAGCUUCAGUUCUGCAAGUUUCGGAUGUGUCAUACGAUGAAGAAAUUGUAAAAACUAUGCCUGCAAAUCAUUAUGAAUUUCCCAAUGGAUAUCAUAGAGAUUUUGGCGUUGAACGUUUUAAGAUACCAGAACCACUUUUUAACCCUACAACUGGCGCUAAAGCAGGGAUUCAACCAAUACUAGGAGUUGGUUCUUUAGUAACUACAAGUGUUGGAAUGUGUGAUAUCGACAUUAGACCGGCAAUGUAUGGAAGCGUUGUAGUCACAGGUGGAAAUUCCAGUCUUCAAGGUUUCACAGAGAGACUCAACAGAGACUUAGCAGCUAAAACACCUCCUAGUAUGCGUUUGAAAAUAAUCAGUGCUCCAGGAGCCUCAGAACGCAGAUUCGGCGCUUGGACUGGGGGCUCUAUUCUUAGCUCGCUCGGAUCGUUCCAACAACUUUGGGUCUCCAAGCAAGAGUAUGAAGAAAGUGGUAAAAUAAUUGUCCAAUCAAAAUGUUUGUAAAAUGGUUCUAAACUAAUUUUUUAUUUUUGAUCUCUAUAAUAUGUAGAUUAAUUUCGGUGCUUUUCUUUAAUUUAAUUUUCAAUUUUAAGUAGAAUAUUUAUUUAUUAAAAAAAGAGUAGAUACUGCAAUUUUUUGUUAGAAAUUUUGAAUUUCAUCCCCUGACUGAAUUUAAUUGAAAUCAGUGUUGUCAUGUUAUAGAACAAAAUGAAUACGUUGAUACAACAAAAAAUUUAUUUUUUUAACUAAUGUUUAAUACAUUUUCAUCAACAUAUUCAACUAAUUAUGUUUCCUACAAGGCUGUUUUUUUUUAUUUUAUAGUGCUAAUUUUUUAAAAUUGUGAUAGAUAAUCAACCCUAUG